UGUCCUUCUCAACAGUUGCAUAUUCGGAUUUAAUAUUUCUAUUUCUUAUACUUUUCCAUUAUACAAUAAAAUGGUACCAGAUCAAUUAAGAGUCAAACAAGGGCCUUUGGCUCGUGCUUGGCUUGCUUCCCACUGGGAAAAGAAGGUUUCAAAAUCCCAAUGCUUACAAACAAAUUUAGAACGAACCAUCGAUGCCAUCACAACAACUAGUAACGAAGACGGUCAAAUGACCUUGCGUGUAUCUGGUCAAUUAUUGCUUGGUGUUGCUCGUAUCUAUUCUAGGAAAACAAAAUACUUACUAGAAGAUUGUAACGAAGCCCUUGUCAAGAUAAAACUUGCCUUUAAGAAGGGAGAUGUUAAUAUGCCAAAUAUUCAACAUUCUAUUGCUAAUAGCAAUACAAUUACAGUCCAAAAUAAUCUAACAGAAUUCGAUAUCCUACUUCCUGAUGUGCCUUUCAGCACUGCAGCAGAUGGCAAUUUGGAAAUCAACGAUCCUCUUUUUGAUGCACUUGGUGAUUCAUCCACUUCCCAGAAUAAUACACUAACCGAUGUGCAAAACAGCUUCUCUUUCGGCAACUGGAUAUCAGGACCCGAAGCAGGUCGUCGUGAUACCGAAGCAUUGGAAGAAAAUUUUCUGGAAGCAAACGGUUUAGAUCAAAUGAUUGAAGGGCCAUUAAAAGAGCUCAACCUCGCCGACAAUAACAACAUUGAAAAUGGGCUGAAUGACAAUAACAUCAACUUUGAUUUUGACGACGACAAUAUCGACUAUGAUCUACCGGAUAUCACGGAUGAAGGAGUUACAUUUGAUAUGAAUCGUUUCAAUGCUAUGACAGGUGAAACAGCUGAAACUACUGCUAUGAGUAGUUUAGGAGACAUCGGUAUUGUGGAAGAUGACGUGUUUGAUACUGACAGCAUCAUGGCCGAACCAGCACCUCGCAAACGCCGACUUCUUAUCGUUGAUAAUGAAACUGAAAUCCCAGCUGAAGACCUUACGCGCUACAUAGCAGAUGCUUCUUCGAUUAUCGUGAAUGAUGAGGUGUCAGAUGUCGUUUCAGCUAAAGAAGCAGCGAAAAUAAAAAAAACUACCAAUCUUCGACAACCUUAUGGCGAUGAAUUAGGCUCUGAUUUGAAUAAACUGUUCCAAGAUAUCAGUCAUAGACGUCACGUACCGGUAUCUCUGUCAGAUAAUGUAGCAGCAACAAGCCAUAUACCGAGAGAAACCGAAGUGAAUAAUCCUUUUCACUUUGAAGAUGAUGCCGUUGAUUAUAAUGAUGACGGUGCUGAAUUCAAUGAAGAAGCCAUGGAUCAGUUUAGAAGUGUACGUUUUUUAGUAAGAGGACCACUUGCCUUGCAUCCCUUCCAUCUCUGUUCUUAAACUAACGUAUAUUUUAACGUGCUUAUAGGCCAUGGAUCCGUUAGCCGGUGAAAAUAUGGAUAUGAAUGAUGGUAGCGAAAUGACUCAAAAUACACAGGCUAUUAAUCAAAAAACUAUGCAGACUUUUGAACGAUUACAAAAUGAGUUCACACGUCAAGAAACAAUACAGUUCAGUAACUUAGCGACAGUAUCUUCAUCAAAGAGUGAGGCUGCUCGUCUUUUCUAUGACGUCUUAUUGCUGUCCACCAAGAAUAAGAUUAAGGUUCACCAAUCCAAGCCUUUUGGCGACAUCCAAAUUCGCGCAGUUGCUGUUUAAG